AUGCAUAUUUAUUAUAUUUGCUCGUUAUUUCUUCUAUUUAUAAGUGGGAUUUUAUGUGAAAGGCUUCACGAACAAAUAUACUCGUCCAUUGAAGGUGGGGCUGCAUGUUUCAGGAGGUUGAAUGGAACACAUCAAGCAGGAUGUUCAUCUUCACUAAGUGGUGGCAUAGGAGUGGUUCACAUGAUUCAAAACACUUCUGAUGCAGAGUGGCUUGUGUAUAAUGCUAGUGCUGGGCCUUACAUGGCUAUUGUAGAUACAGUAGUGUUCUAUGAUAUUAUCGAGUUAUUAAUGAAGAAUCCUGAAAAUGUUGCUGGGAUAUUACUGUAUGAUAAUCCUUCUAUAAGACCAGAUGCUUUCAGUCAAGAAUCUAGAUGUCCAAAUGAAUACUCUGUUGGGCCAGGAACUCAGUGCUCCUUUAGCCAUAUUGGUGGAAUUGUUUGGAAUGAAAAAGGCACAGAUCUAAUAAGAAGAGAUAUUCCAUUUCCUAUAUUUUUCUUACCACAACCUCGUAUAACAGAAAUUGAUAAAAUUAAAGAAUGUUUCGAAAAAUAUAAUUCAGAUUUAGAUAACCAAAAAGGACAGCCUUUGUGCUCACUUCAAUUGAACUCAUUUAUGUAUGCAGCUGUCAACAGUGCAGUAUGUCUAAGAAGAUCAACUACCUCUGCUAUUUUGACUUCAACAAAAGUGUGCGACCCGCUUGGUGACUACAAUGUGUACUAUUCACUCUUUCCUCGUGCAAAGGAAUCUGAAACAAAGAAGAAACCGGUCACCCUAGUAACAGCACGAAUUGAUUCUGCAUCCCUAUUUGAUGGCGUUGCGCCUGGUGCCGCCAGCUCUGUAGUGGGGAUGGUGACGCAAAUGGUCGCUGCCACCGCUCUAGCGCAAAUGAUCCCUGUUGCUGAUAUGGACUUUUAUGAUAAAAACGUGCUCUGGACGUUUUUCAAUGGAGAAUCGUUUGAUUAUAUCGGAUCCCAGCGUGUAGCGUACGAUAUCGCUAGACGAGCGUGGCCCCCUUUAUCCCCGCUAUCCCCUAGUGACAUCGACUUGCACAUAGAACUUGGGCAAAUUGGAGGCUCCUUUCAGUUAUUUAAGGACAACGCUUCUUGGCCUUUGUACGCAUACGCUCCAUACGAUCAGUUUUAUAAAAUACCAUCACAGGUAAAUAAAUUUCUCCAAGAAAUGUUAACAAAUACAAAUCAAAACAACCUGACCAUUGUGCCCGAAUUUAAUAUUAAUUUGCCGCCAUCUUCCUUGCACUCGUUUCGACGUAUACUUAGCAAUGAAACGGAAAGCGGGCUCCUUCCAGAGGUACUAAUUGUGGACUAUAAGGAAACAUUCACCAAUAAGUUCUAUCAGUCUGCUUUGGACGACCAUGAGUCUAUUGGCUUUGUGUACCACAAUAUAAGUAUCGGUAGCGAGGGUCAAUUUUUGUCUACGUCGGAACUGCUUUCCAAAGGCAUAAUGAAAGAUACGGAAGCGCAAAUAAAGAUAGCCCGUCUAGCGACGUCUUUAGCGCAGACUCUCUACCAACAGGUCACUGGCAGGCCUUACACUGGAGACGUGGCUGCUUCGGCUCAUUUGGUGGACGAGAUGCUGUACUGCUUCCUGCGCAGCCCGGCGUGCCGGCUGUUAGCGGCGGCGGAUUACGCGGGCGGCGACGAGGCGGCGGCGGCGCGCGCCGCGCCGCUGUACGUGGGCGUGGCGACCUGGGCCUCCGCGCCCGCGCUCUACGCCGGCCACCUCAUCACGCUGCUCACCGGCGCGCAGCUGCUGCUCGACCGCGGCUCCUGCGAGAAGUACGAGCUCGAGAUAGCGCGCGAGCGGGCAAGUAGGACCGUGCCAAGGCUGGCCCUGCCGCUAUACGUGGGGUCGGCGCGGCGCGGCGGCGCGGGCGCGGCGCGCGCCGCCCGCCUGCUGGCCUUGCUCACCGGCACUCGCCACAAACUCAGUAGACACGCUUGCAAUAAGGUUAAGGCACCGGGCUUUUCUCAUUACUGGCUGAAAGGUUGGAACCGCACUGGUGUAUGUAUUCAGACUACGAUGAACUUCAGUCAAGCUAUCAGUCCAGCUUUUGUUAAACCAGACUACGACAUGUCGUCCGGCGAGUUCUCAACAUGGACGGAGUCGGUGUGGCAGGCGAUGUGGGCGCGCGUGUUCGUGCGCGCGACGGGCGCGGGCGCGCGUCUCGCCGCCGUCACCGGCGCCGCCGCCACGCUGGCCGCCGCCGCGCUCACAUACUGGCUGCAGAGGCAUAGCGACCUCAUAUUCACUGAUGAUGCCGUGUACCACGGAGAUGCUACUGGGAUAAUAAGGACUGUAAACUGU